AUGGCCUCAAAGCGCUCUGGUGAUAGUGGCUCGGGGAACGUUGACUCAAAAACUUAUAGAAAGUUGAAAAGAAAACAGUCUAGACAGAUCAGAUCAGAAACUAAUGAUCCAGCUUUGAAUAAAGAUGGUGUCCUAAACGUACACGAUUUCCUCAAAUCUAGAAAAUAUGAAAUCAAUGAAUUGGAAAAAGCUCAAUUAAAUUCAAAAUUUGCUUCAUCAACAAGAACUUUCCAAAGUUUACCUAGAAAAUUAAGAAGAAGAACCGCAUCACAUAAUGUCAAAAGGAUACCCAAGAGACUAAGGAACAGGGCAAUAAGGGAGAUGGCUAACGAAUCUGGAGGUGUGAAGAAGAAAAAACUGAGAGGUAAAGAAUUAUACAGGGCAAGAAUCGCUAAAAAUUUAUUGAAAAUAGCUGCAAGGGCUAAUAAUCUAAUGAAAUUAUUACCAGCUGACCAAAGAUUAUCUUCAGGUAAGUUGAAAAUAAGACAAAGAAUUAAAACAUUAAAUGAACAAAUCAAAAAUAGUAAAACCAAUUCUGGUAACUUUAUUAAAAUUAACAAUAAUGUUGGUUCUUAUGACAAUACUGCAUUAAAUCAAUUAGCAUCACUACCAAUUGGGAAGAUUAAAUAUAUGAAAAGACAAAGAAAGUUCACUUGGUUAUCAACUCAUGUAUGGCAUGCUAAAAGGUCACACCUGAUUAAGAGAUGGGGGUUCCAAAUUCCUUUGAAACCAACUCAAAAGGCUUUUAGACUGUCUCAUAGAAAUUUCAAUUUAACUGGUGGUAUCACUUGGGAUAAAAGUUAUAUAAACACAUUAGUCAUUCAAACCGAUAACAUCCAAUCAAUUGCCUCUUUGUUAUCACAAUUGACUAAUGGUAAAGCUACUGGUAAAAGAUUUUUACAAAAUGGUGCAAUUUAUGAAGGUUUAAUAUAUAAGGAACUUGAAGUUUUAGGAGAUGGAACAAUUCUUUUCUUUAAAAAUGAGCAAAACAAUGCUAAAAGACUGGUUGUUAGACUGCAUCCAUCCAUUUAUGAAGACAUCUUCAAUCAUUUAUUACAAAUCAAAUCAGAAGAUGUUGAAAUCAUUGAUAAUAGAUAUGCAAUAGGAAGUAUUGAAGUUGGUGGUCCAAUAUCAUUACCAUCUUUAGCCACAAUUUUAAAACCAAGUGACCCUAAAGCUGAGGAAUCUAAGAUCUUUGGGAAGCUUUGUACAGAAAGCACUUUACCAGAUAAUACUGUUUUCACAUAUCAAGCAAUUGACCCAAGAUUGGCAAAUAGAAACAAACCAAGACCUGCACAAAACACUGACAUUUUUGAUACCCUAAUAGAAAUGAAGACUUCAAAAUCUAAUAUAAACACAAAUGUGGUGGAGAGUUUGUUAACAUCAGAAGGAAGAACUAACUCAUAUAAAGAUCAAUUAUCAUUGAAACAAGUGGCCAUAAAGAAAGAUCAAGAUGAAAUUAAAAACCCUUCAAGUUUCCCAGUUGUUAUUUAUAAAUCCUCAUCAAAUAAUUGGACUGUAUUAUUACCAUGGUACUGGGUCUUACCUGUAUGGCAUGCCAUUAAUCAUAUUGCACAUAUGAAUCAUGGUGGGUUAUUACAAUCACAUCAAUUGAAAUUUGAGCAACACAAACUUUAUUUCCCAGAUGAUUAUCCAUUCACAAGAUCAGGAUUUGUGGAGAAUUUAUUAGCAUCAAAACAGAAAACUGCAAAAUGGGAAAAAAAACCAAUCUCUAAAAGAGUCAAUUAUGCAAAAUUGAAAAUUUCUAAAAAUGAUUUACAAACAGGUGAAUUGGGUGAUCCAUUUAGUGCUGAUUGGAGAUAUUUACAAAUUUUAAAAUUUGGGUUAUCACAAGUUAAAUUAGAUAAAAGUACAAGAACAUCUUCAUGGAAUUCAAAAUUUGAACGUGAUAUUGAAGAACCUCAUGAUGUUUAUAAUUUUAUCCAAGAUGUCAAGAAAUCGGAUAAAGAGGCUGAUGCUCGUGGUGAAACUUUAAUCAAUCCAAUCAAAUUAUUAAAUGAAUUGGAAGAACCAAAAAUUCCUGAAUCUCCAAAUGAUCCAUUACCUGUUGUUCCAAUCAAGAUUGAAUUGGUUGGUAGAGGUUCCACUGCAGAUAAUGCUAGAAUUUAUUCCAUCUCUGAACCAUCUUUAUCAGAUUGGUUAAAAGCUACACGUGCUAAAAAGGCAACUGGUAGAAAAGUUAAUGAGUAUCCAGAUAUGCCAAAUUCUUCAAAUUUGAUUGGGUUCAUAACAAGUGGUAGUUAUAGUUUAACAAAGGGGUUCAAUACUGGUGUUGGUGCAAUUGAUGCAAAUUAUGCUAAACUACAACCAAAUGAUAGCAAAAAAUAUUGUAUCGUUAGAAAUGUUGGAACUGAUUAUGGACGUCUAGCAACGUGGGAUGUUGUUCAGACAUAG